UCCUGCGUGCCUCGAGGUGGGCCCAAGUCAGGACUCCAAGGCCUGUCUGCUGAGGGGUUCCAGGGCCUCCGUUAGGGAGCAGAGGGGUCUAGAAGGAGGCAGCAGCUGGAGACAAGCCCCUGGGGUGGGACAAGCUGAGCACCCCACCCCACAGGCCCUGCGUCCAGCAGGGGGUGCCCCAUUGCUCAGGGUCUCCCUUGGCUGAAGGAAGUGGCCUGGUCACCAGGUGCAAGGCUGAGGCCUCCUGUGGGACCAGGAAGGCUGAGUGUUCCUGCUGGGGAGACCCUGAGGCCCAGCUGGGUAAACUCUACCCCAGCCCCAGACCCACCCCCCCAGGUCUCCCUGGGACAGGAAACUCCCUCCUGCCUAGGGCAGGGGAGUGGGGAUUGGUCCAUUAGGACCUGUGCCUGAGAAGCAGGCCUCUCCUUGGUAGAUUAACUUGGAAGUUUUCCUUAAAUGGAGCCCGCACCUGGGUGCCCCUUGGGGAACCCGGGGUGGGGAGGGCCUGGCCUAUGCUCUCCGUUACUCUUCCGGCCACUGGGCUGCUGCUAGGACUGCCACCUGCCGCCGGACUCCCAGGCUCAGAGGCCCCGCAGCCUCUCCCAGCGCCCGCCCCUCCUAGGCACCCUGGGGCCACUCUCCGUCCCCACCCCAGGCCCUGGGGAUUGCUGGCCCAGGCUGCCCUCGCAGGGCUAUUCUUCCCCGGCCCCUCCUCCCUUCCGUUUCCGUGGCUGGGGCUGGGGCUGGGCAGGAGGGCCCGGCAGGCAUGGGGGCUACUGCCCGCCCCUUCCCCUCAGCGGCCCGCCCCGGGGUCUGAGCCAACUGAAACCCUGGAGGAGGAAGCACCGAAUCAGGAACUGGCCAGUUGGCUGGGCCUAAGGCAGCCCUCGGCGCCCCUGGAUCAGCUGCCCAAGCCGUGAAACCGCACUAUGGGCUUCUCUUCGGAGCUGUGCAGCCCCCAGGCCCACACGGCCGUGCAGCAGAUGCAGGAGGCCGAGCUGCGGCUGCUGGAGGGCAUGAGGAAGUGGAUGGCCCAGCGGGUCAAGAGUGACCGGGAAUACGCGGGGCUGCUGCACCACAUGCAGGAUAGUGGGGCCCAGAACCGGGCCGGCCCCGACAGCCCCAUCAGCCAGUCCUGGGCAGAGAUCACCAGCCUGACGGAGGGCCUGAGCCGGUUGCUGAGGCAGCACGCCGAAGAUCUGAACUCCGGGCCCCUGAGCAAGCUGAGCCUGCUGAUCGGGGUGCGGCAGCAGCUGCGCAAGACCUACAGCGAGCAGUGGCAGCAGCUGCAGCACGACCUCACCAAGACCCACAGCCAGGACAUUGAGAAGCUGAAGAACCAGUACCGAACCCUGGCGCGGGACAGCGCCCAGGCCAGGCGCAAAUACCAGGAGGCCAGCAAAGGUGCGUGGCUUCCCUCGGACCCGUCCACAGGUGCCCGGCUCUUCGCUCACAACCGCUACGUGCUUGGCGUGCGGGCUGCGCAGCUGCACCACCAGCACCACCACCAGCUCAUGCUGCCCAGCCUGCUCCUCCCGCUGCAGGACCUGCACCAGGAGAUGGCCUGCAUCCUGAAGGAGAUCCUGCAGGAAUACCUGGAGAUCAGCAGCCUGGUGCAGGACGAGGUGGCGGCCAUUCACCAGGAGAUGGCUGCAGCCGCUGCCCGCAUCCAGCCCGAGGCCGAGUACCACGGCUUCCUGCGGCAGCACGGGUCCGUCCCUGACGUCCCACCCUGUGUCACCUUCGAUGAGUCGCUGCUGGAGGAGGGCGAGGCCCUGGAGCCGGGGGAGCUGCAGUUGAAUGAGCUGACGGUGGAGAGCGUGCAGCACGCGCUGACUGCAGUGACCGAUGAGCUGGCUGCGGUCACCCAGAUGGUGCUCAGCCGGCAGGAGAUGGUCGCUCAGCUGCAGCGUGAGCUCCGGCACGAGGAGCAGGCCAUCCACCCUCGGCAGCGUCCCUGGCCUCAGGAGCCGGAGCGGGAAGGGGGAAGGACGCCCACCCUGGAGAUCCUCAAGACCCACAUCUCAGGGAUCUUUCGCCCCAAGUUCUCGCUCCCCCCACCGCUGCAGCUCAUCCCCGAGGUACAGAAGCCCCUGCACGAGCAGCUGUGGUACCACGGGGCCAUCCCGCGGGCAGAGGUGACGGAGCUGCUGACACAGUCCGGGGACUUCCUGGUGCGGGAGAGCCAGGGCAAGCAGGAGUACGUGCUGUCGGUGCUGUGGGACGGGCAGCCCCGGCACUUCAUCAUCCAGUCUGCGGACAACCUGUACCGACUGGAGGGCGAUGGCUUUCCCAGCAUUCCUUUGCUCAUCGACCACCUGCUGCGCUCCCAGCAGCCCCUCACCAAGAAGAGCGGUGUUGUCCUGAGCAGGGCUGUGCUCAAGGUAAGCCUGCGGAGCUGUGGUGUGCGAGAGGAGACGCACCGUAUUCCUGGGAACUUCGGCGAAGUGUUCAGCGGGCGCCUGCGAGUGGACAACACCCUGGUGGCGGUGAAAUCCUGUCGAGAGACGCUGCCGCCUGACCUCAAGGCCAAGUUUCUGCAGGAAGCCAGGAUCCUGAAGCAGUACAGCCACCCCAACAUCGUGCGUCUCAUCGGCGUCUGCACCCAGAAACAGCCCAUCUACAUCGUCAUGGAGCUGGUGCAGGGGGGCGACUUCCUGACCUUUCUUCGGACUGAGGGAGCCCGGCUUCGGAUGAAGACUCUGCUGCAGAUGGUGGGGGAUGCAGCUGCGGGCAUGGAGUACCUGGAGAGCAAGGGCUGCAUCCACCGGGACCUGGCUGCUCGCAACUGCCUGGUCACGGAGAAGAACGUCCUGAAGAUCAGUGACUUCGGGAUGUCCCGGGAGGAAGAGGACGGGAUCUACGCCGCCUCGGGGGGCCUCAGGCAAGUCCCCGUGAAGUGGACAGCACCCGAGGCUCUGAACUACGGCCGCUAUUCCUCCGAGAGCGAUGUGUGGAGCUUUGGCAUCUUGCUCUGGGAGACCUUCAGCCUGGGGGCCUCGCCGUACCCCAACCUCAGCAAUCAGCAGACGCGGGAGUUCAUCGAAAAGGGGGGCCGCUUGCCCUGCCCCGAGCUGUGCCCCGACGCUGUGUUCAGACUCAUGGAGCAGUGCUGGGCCUACGAGCCCGGGGAGCGGCCCAGCUUCAGCGUCAUCCACCAGGAGCUGCAGUGCAUCCGAAAGCGGCAUCGGUGAGGCUGGGCCGCCUCUCCAGCCGGUGGCCUCUGCCUGCGAGAUUGUACCUCCUGCCCAGCGCCAGCUCCCAGCGCAGCGGCUCUUCACAGCUCUGGACUCCAGGCACCGGCAUCCGUGCCCCCGGUGGGGAUGCGGCCCCAUGUCUGCUGUGCAUCGCGCUCCUGCCAGGGCCUCCUCUUCCAAGCAGAAAUAAUAAACCACUUGUGCCCGCCUA